CUGAAGCAGAAGAAAUCUGCGUUUCUGGACACAGUGGUCGCGAGCUGACCUGAGGAGUGAUGUGUCCUCCAUUCAUUUAAACGUUUUGGUUUUUGUUUUUUUUUGCAAGAACACCAUGCCAAAGCGACUCUGUGAAAUGUGCAAAAGUUGUUCAGAUCUCGGUGACGACUUUUCAUCGGCUUCGUUGUUGCUGUCGUCGAGUUUUCCCUCGUGAUCUUUGCCAUAAUGUCAUAAGCGAAAGGACUGCUGGAUAUUAAGAACACAGAAAGAGAGAAUUGACUUUUGUUGGGUCUGUAUCGAAGACAAGGGGAGACAACGCCAGCAGAGCGAGGAUACAGCGCGUUGUUCUCUGGAUUGCUGCCUACAUCUGUAAUGCUUCAGUACACGGACGUGAGGCGCAAGAAGUCCGGAAUAAUGCUUUCCGACCCUCACGCAGACGACAGCGUCUUCUCAAGUCCACAGACGUGUCAGCCCAACGACACCGACGACCUCGACGUCAAGCGCCGCCUGCAGGAAGAAAUACCGUCUUUCUUUGGCACGGCGAGCGAUGGCGAGCGUGGAGAAGAUACCAGGGAGGCCGAAGAACCUGCAGGUAUCGGGAGACAACCAGUCCUUGACGGCAAUGGAGAGCUGGAUGGGACAGAGGAACUAACCGAACCUGGCAGUGACGCCGAGGAUGUCGAAAGGGAGGUAACGCAGCAGCACUGGUCGUCCUUCGAGAACGGAGUUGGAACUGGGAUGAGCAUGGUGGACAUUAAUGCCAUGAAAGUGUGCACCUGCAGUGGUUUCGAGAUCCCCACCCAAGCCUCACCACUCUACAGCGCCCAGCUACAGCAGCAACAACAGCCCCAACGUCCAGACAUCCAACAGCUGCAGCAGCAACAGCAGCAGCUUCUUAACCAGCAACAAUCGCAACAGUUUUGUUUUCCAAACAUGAGCGACGCUCCUACCUCCACUUCUUCCGUGGUCAGGUCUCCUCCACUGGAUCCCAUGUUGACGCAAUCCCAGGAAAUGACCGAUUCGGAUGGCCUUCCUCCAUACGAACCUUCCACUUACAUCUACAACACCAGCAGUCAUUACUCCUCCAACCCAUCGCUGCCUUCUACCCUUUCUCCAUACGCAGGUGUCUCGGCUAAAGGAGUCCACCCCAGCUCUAAUCUGGGGACUACGGAUGUCCUUGGGGGACUUGGAUCCCUGAGAAACAGACAUGGCCGUCCCACGAUGGAGCAGACAGGCGGUGAUUUGGGCUUAGACAGGACUGUUGGCGAUUCCGCGGCUUCCGGGUCACGGACGACAGCUGACGUGUUUGGUCGCCUGUCGGCAUCCAUACCCUCGAUGGGAGGACAGGGUGUAGAUCAAGAUCCGGUGGGAGAAAAUCUGGAGAAGGAACCAGUGACUGUACCUUUAGACGUAGAGUCAUGGACGCGAGAGCACGUGCGUCAGUGGCUGGAGUGGACGGCGCGCGAAUACCAACUGCAGGAUGUUGACGUCAGCAAGUUCCAGCACGUGGACGGCCGGCGUCUGUGCGCCAUGAGUCGCGAGGACCUUGUGCGCCUCGUCAACACACACAACGCCAGUGUCCUGUUGCAGUACCUCGCCUACCUGCGCCGCAAGCAUGAAGACUGCAUGAAAAGCGCCAACUCUCGUCUAAGUGGCGGUCCGAUCAGCAGCACAAACAAUUUCCUGAUUGGCACAGAACAACAACUCCACCAGCAGCAACAACCACCCCAUCAUCAACAGCAGCAACGUCAAAGCCCACACAUGCUUCAUUCGUCGCCAACCAGCACCACUCACUACAGGGGCCAUAUUGGUGCCACUGCUGUCUCUUACCCCAGCCACGCUGGGUCUCCGGCCUACUGCAUGCCGAAGCCAGAACCCCCUACCUUCAGCGGUAAGCCAGCGUGGAACCCACAGCAGGCAGGCGCGCAAGGGUCGUGCUACUCACAAACCUUCGCAGCAGUGCCCAAGCCUGCAUUCGAUCCGUCGCCGUCUUGGAGACCCCAAGUUAACCCGUACGAUGUUUUGGCCCCUAUUACCAGCCGUCUGUCAGCGACAGGCUCGGGCCAGAUCCAGUUGUGGCAGUUCCUGCUGGAGUUGUUGUCCGACUCGGCCAACGCAGGCUGCAUCACGUGGGAGGGGACCAACGGCGAGUUCAAGCUGGUCGACCCGGACGAAGUGGCGCGGCGCUGGGGCGAGCGCAAAUCCAAGCCCAACAUGAACUACGACAAGCUCAGCCGCGCGCUGCGCUACUACUACGACAAGAACAUCAUGACCAAGGUACACGGCAAGCGCUACGCCUACAAGUUCGACUUCGUCGGCCUGACGCAGGUGCUGCAGUCGUCUGGCGACUCUUCGGCCUUCAAGAGGGAUUUCCAGCAGGACCUUUUCUCCUACUCGGCUCACAAGUACCCACAUCACCCGCACGGCCUGCCCCCGCCCCACAGCCACCACAUGGGUUCACCUCCUUCCACUCUAUUCACCCCGCACAGCUCCUACUGGCCCAGCCACAACAAUAACUUUCUACCCGGGAUUUCGGCAUCCAUGAUGACGCCAAGUUCACAUCUGGGAUCCCCUCUCUCCUACCACCCAUAUGGAUGAACAAGAUGUUUUUUGAACUGCAGUACUCACGCUUGCUAAUGUAGAUUUUUAAGAGAAAAGGAGGUAGUGAGAGAAGCAUUUAACAUGCAAGGGGAAACAAAUCCUGCUAUUCGUCUAAAAUGUUUUCUGUGUGCUCGCUUGUUAUGCCUGGAUGUGUGUUUUUUCUUAAGUUUCAUGUCAGGCGUGGGUAGCAAAGCUGUCAUGUCUUCGGGGUGCUUCUCGGUACCCCGGGAGGUGUGCAUCGUGUUUGCAGCAAUUGGCGGGUGAGGACAUGAGUGACACUUGUCUAUGUCGUAGCUAGCCUGAAUGCUGCCCAUGGCUUUCUCGUGAAAUCUCCUGAAAUCUCGAAGUUUGCAAGAGAGCGAGCCACAUCAGGUCUCUAAAGUCCUUAGUAUGACUAGCACAUGCACAAAUGCUAUUGUUAAAAUUAUUUCUUUUCGAAAGAGACUUUUAAAAACUUUCUUUAUGGAAAACGAUUUUAUACUGCUGAUGCAAUAGCUUGAGUGUUACAGGGGAGACUGCUUUUUCUGAAGGCGUGCUGAAGAACGAGACUAUUGCUUGUAAACCGUGACAUGCCAUUGGGAGACUGUUGAAACUGGAGUUGACAACUGUUAUAACAUAUACACUGAUGGUGUGGAAAGAAUUUUUUUGCGAAAAGUUUAAAAUUUAUUUAAUAUUCUUUAAUGAGCGAUGCUUUGUAUUCACUUACAAUCUGUACAUGUCCGUGCGUGUGAUAUGUGUGUCUGGUUUUGUGUAUAUUAGAGAGAGGAAGGGAAGGAGAGAGUGGACAAAAGGGAUUAAGGGAAAAUAUCGUAGUUUAAACAAAUUUUAUUGUGUUUUAAUUGAUAUGCUCCAUAUAUACAAAAGAGAUCAUUUCGAGGCUGUUUUCUACUCAUGACAAAACUUUCAGAAUACUCAUUUGUUUGGAAGUCAUUGCAUAUCGUACAGUAUGUGCUAAAGUGUUUAGUCACAGACAGUCACAGUGUUUCAACAUAUUUGUCGGCCAUGCAACAUGAUUUCCACGUUUUGUGAUGAAUUAUGGAAGAUAUUUAUCGUUAUAUUACUUUCUCGGAUAGAAGUUUACAAGCCUACGCUUAAGGGGCUUUAGAAAAGAUACUCGUGCUUAUAUUUCAUUCCUGAUGAAGUACAUCAUCAUCAUGAUGGUGAUGAUCAUCAUCAAUCAUCAAUCAUCUUCAUCAUCAUCAUCAUCAUCAUCAUCAUUCUUUUGCUUCUAUUACAAGAGGAACUCCGUUUACAAGCUGCAAGCGAAAAUGAUGAAAAGGCAAAUUGUAAAAGAAAACUUCUUUUAAAAAUCAAAAUUGCAAAGUAAAUUAAGUAACCGCUACAAUGUUUCCUCGGUGCCAGAACUAUGUUUGCUUAUGGCCUUUUUAAAAAAAAAUGCAUCCAAAACAAAACUGUAACCGAUGUGUUUAGACUGACCUUUCUUUCCCCUCCCAUCGACUGCCGGAUCUUUCUCGAAUGAGUUAAUGCUGUGCUGUUGUGUGUCUAUACUUGCUUAGUUAUAUGUUUUGGUCUAUGUAUGUAUGACAGCUAUGUUUAUUUUGAAUCUUUAUUUGUAUAUUUAUGUAUUUUGCAUUGGUUAUAUUUCUGUAGAGCGGAUUGAACCUACUUUGAAGUAAGGAUAUGCGCAAUGACAGAACUGCUUGAUGUAUUUAUUGACACAAUGUACGCAUUACAAAUAACAGACUAACUACCUAGCUUUAUCCAUGUACUAAUACAGUCUCAUUUGCUGGCUGUGGCUAGCUCUCUCUCUCUCUCACCCCCUUACUUUACCUUUCUCUUUCUAGCAGGCACACAUAAAUUUAUGGUACCUUUUAUUUUUGUAUAUGCUCACGCCUGCUAAUUCUUUCCGGAAAUCACUUAAACUUUAUUCAGAGCAAGAGAGGUUUUUUUUUUGGUGUUGUUUGGUUGUGGGUUUUUUUUUUCUAUUUUCAUUCAGUAUAUCAGAGAGGAGGGGAUGAAAUGGUUCCUUUUAGAAAAGCAGCAUCCCCUAUCAACAAUCCACCCCAGAAAAUCACCGACUUCUUUCUUACAUUUUCUUUGAAACUGAUGUCUCCCAAAGGGCUACUGUUCAAACACAGCAAAUAGGUAUUUGGGGAUAGUUUUUAAAAGAAAAGAAAAACCCAGGUGAUAACAAUAAUUAUUAUACCCACAAGCAGUCUCGACAGAGAAUUUUCCCAAACAUGCUUCUGAUUAUAAUUCAAAUUAUAGACAUAUGUCACAUUGUAUAUCUGACUAAUUUCUUCAUAACUAUCCUUUAUCAAUAAACUUUAUAAAAUUUUCAGAAAUCAGAGAAAUUUGACUCGUUCUUAUAAACAGACGUUUAGGUGAGAGCUUAUAUGACAAUUUCAACUCGACUACAACUUGUAACUUACCUACUAAGGCAGGAAUUUCGCUCGCGAAUUUAAAAUGGCGGUUACGCAGCUUCUUCCAUACUUGCUUUGUUGAGUUCUUUUUCUUGAUUUCGAGUCUACUCUUUGUCGUGUCUUCAUAGUCAUCGUCAUCAUUUUCGUCAUCGUUGUCGUCGUCAUAAUCAUCAUCAGCAGCAGCCCCUCAAUCAUAUCCCACAAGCGAUCUCAUUUUAGAGAAGUCAGGCCUACCCUGGUAAAGCUUUGUCGAAGAGAGAACCGGGUAUGCUACUGAGUGUAAUUCUCAUGGCACCUAACCCCACCAUAGAGACAGGAUUAACGCGCUAUACAGCAACAAGAUACAAUAAUCAUAUUAAAUAUUAAUUGAUAAAUUAUGAUUAAGAAAUAAUUAAUAAUUAUUAUUAUUAAAAUUGCUAGAAGCAAAAGGUUUUCAAUUCUUGAGCUGAGGAAGCAUUAGUUAUCAUGAAGUAACCUGGAAAAUUCAGGGAGCUAGAAUCAGAAUAUGUAAUUCUCAUGGAAAUUGCAGUCUGCUGUUCAUACAAGCACAAAUUCAAAAUUUUAAACAGUUAAUGGAAAGUGUAUCGACGAAGCACAAGGCCCAUAAUAAGAAAAAUGUGACGAGUGCACGGUCUGUAGAUCAGGAAAUAAUUACAGAGAAAUGAAGAAAAGUAAGCCAUCAUACAGGCGUAACCAAAAAAAAAAAACAAAAAACAAAACAAGUCCAAAGUUGACACCACAGUCAUCGUACAUCCAGGAACGAAACAGAAAAAUAAAUUUUAACAAAUCAGCCUCCCUCUCAAUCCACUUAAGCAAAGGGACAUUACUCUCAUCCUGCGUCUUAAGACUUCCUGAUUUACUCUUUAUAAUUAUCAUAACUGUUUUAUUUUUACAGAAAUGUUUGUAAGGAAUCACAGAAUCAUGCAUUCUGCUUUGUAUUUGUAGACGCCGACUGGUUAUAACUGUCAAUUUUUUUUUACUUUUUUUUUUGGCAAGCACCCAGCCUGCGGCGACCUGUACAAAAUGACUUCUCAUGACUAUGUUUCGCUUUGUGAAAAACUCACCUCUCCACCCUGGGUGUAACUAAAUCUAUUGUUUUUAAACCAUGCCAUGUUCUCUUCUGUGUAUAUCAAUUCAAUGUACCAUAAAUCCAGUGGUGCGCCUGCUGUGAAUUCUAAACGGGACAUAAAAGAAUCCGUUUGUUUUUGUUUUCUUUGAACAUUACAACGACAUUUAGUUUCCAACAGUGUUCAUGCAUAAUUUACUUACGGAUUGAACUGUUGGCACUUUACACUGUUUGAUUAAGCCGUUGUAAGAAAUAAGAUUCAACUAACCUCAUUUGUUAACUUAGCUGCUAUGCUUUUCAUGAAAUAAAAUCAGAAAAAUGGU